AUGAUUCGACGGUUCCAGAUGCUGGUUGAGUCAUGUCCGAAUCUGUCAGACAACGCUCACAGAAGCACGUGUCGCAAGCAUGUGCCCAUUGUAGACGCAGAAGGCGAAAGUCAGUGUCUGAAGGACAAUGUCGAGUGUCUCCUGGAGGAUGCUCCAGACCAACGGCUCCGGCACUACCAUCAAAGACAUAAGCGUACGCUUUCCAAGGUCCUGAAGACGAUCAGAGCAGGCGAGGAGGCAGAGACAGCAUCCCUACUGGCUCUGAUCCGAGACGGUGCGUCUGAGACCGACAUCGAAAACCAUGUUGACACCAUCUUCGCUGGGGCCAGUGAUGCUACCUUCGUCUCUCGUUCCUCUUCACAAAUGGACGAGGUCCCUACCCUCCAAGGCCCACCACUGAUGCCUACUCUGUCGUCUGGGGUAUCUUCCGGGGAGGAACCCUCAACAGGCCUAGAAUAUUUGAAGGCAUUUGAGCCAUUCGAUGCUUCUAGUGCGACAAAUCGUGCCAUCUGGCAAAGCACGAGUAUGGACGGCCCGUGGAAAGGUAAAGGCAAAGGCCGCGGAUCGUCAGCUGUGGCGAUCGACCCUGCAGAGGAGUUCCAAGCUGGAUACUCCUUGCCACCUUCUUCCAGGCAGCUCCCAGUCGACGACCACGAUAACACCAAGGGAAAAUCUCCCAAGCGACCGGCCGACGCCCACGAUCAGAUGGAACCGAGUGACCAGAAAAAUAUCGAACCGGGGGCAACCAGACACUUUGGCAACUUGCCAAUGUCCAGGUCGAUCUUGACCAACAAUUUUCCUGACUACAUUCAAGCCCGACAGCUUCAGGUGAUAGGAGGUCGCAUGGACGAAUGUCUGCCGCUGAACCUCGAUACCGAGUCUCGGGCUGAUAGACUCUCUUCGGCAAUCGUCGCUUUCAGGGACACCGCUCGGUCCAUGAUAGCGCGCGGUCAACCGGCUGACUCGGUGCUCAGCAUGAAAGGUUUAGAAGUCGAUCUGAUGUUCCGAGAUCGCAGACCGGGCGACCCUCACAACGUAUCGACUUGGGCUUGCGAAUACUCCAAGACUUGGACCUUCUUACCACUCCACGUCCGGCUGGCUUCAGUCUUCUUUGCCGGCACCUUCAUGCGCUGGGCCGUUCUGCCCUGUGCUGAGACAUACGCUCUUAUGUCGAACAUGAUGCGUCCACUGCCUAGCCAGCUAUUCGUACCGCACUCCGGUGAUAUUGAUAUCUGUCACCUGCCUUGCCUCCGCUCAGUGCAGCUGGACCAUGGAGGCAAAUGGGUGGAUCGUAUCACAGCUGACACCCAGCGAUGUCACUGGCUCAAGGGCGACCAUUCCUGCGUCGAAGAGAAAACCAUAGAAGACGGAGGCCGAAGGCGUUCGAUGAAAACAUUGUCGGACGCUUUUGUCGAGUUCGUCGAUGAUGCUAGAAACUGGACUCUGCUGGCUUCGGUCCUGGAUGAAUUCCCCGCGCUGCGAGGUAGGGUAUCCUUUCAUGAUGACGAGGAAGUCUGA